AUGAGUGACCAGGCAAAGCCGAAAGGCAAGUCGACCAAGAUCACCAAGGAGUCUUUGGACAAGCCACUCCCGCACGAACCGCUGCCAGAUAAGUCGACUUCAGACGACGGCCAGAACGAACAUGUGGAGACGAGCCAUGCAGAUUCCGGACCUACAGUACCUUUCAUAGCGCAAGCUCUUCGAUCUCCCCGUAGCGGAGGAAGUCUUGGGCCAUCGGACUCUGAGCAGGAUGAUUUGACCAGUUUGAGCGAGUCGGCUCUUGAAUGCAUGCACACGCUAUCAGCCCCUGAGACGACUGGUCCUCCAUUCGCAGAGCCAAAGCAGGAUCAUGAACCCAAAGACAGUCUAUCCGCUUCUGGUGGACCAGAGACUACAGCAGAAACCGGGAUAUCUGUUGCUCGACCCAAGGACGCUAAGCAGUCCGAGCCGCUAAGCAUGCUGAGCGGUAAGCGCGUCGAGAUAGUACAGCCACGCGCUGGCGCCCAACCCCUGAGCCUGGAACGUCUCAAAAAGUGGUUUGAUACCAACAUCCAUGUAAAGAUCUCGGACGCUGACGCAGUCUUAUUCCAAAGCGCAUCUGACGGCGAAAAUGGCGGCACACUCCCGAUGUUCCAAGAGGCAGUACUUUACGCAUACCAGCACAUCGAGCCGCUGCAAAGAGUCGUCAAAGUGUUAAAGCUCCGGACUGUGGAGCUAGGAGAUGCUGAUACGGAGAGCUGGCUUCCAAAGGACGUUGUUAGUGGUGAGCCUGCCGACAGCAUCGAUGUACCCAUGCGGAGUAAGGUGUGGAUAUUGCAGGAAGCGAGUAAGGUGAAGCUGAGAGAGAGGUUUGUGUUGCUAGCUGUGGCAAGGAAGAUGUCGGAGGGUGCCAGGAAGGAGACGGCGCUUCCAAGGACGCACUGGACAAAUGCAGUAUGCCUGGAGAGUCAGCACUAUUACUUGAGCUGGACUGUUCAAUAUGCAGCCUGCUACUCCGGUGUUAAUCGUCUUAACCAUAGUGAUACUGGGCCGCUGUCAAGAAGUUAUUGGCUGAUGCAGGUCGUUUUCGGUGUCCCCGCUCGUCACAACACCAAGACAGAACAAGAAUUGGUCGCGCAAUCCUCCUUCGGGAGGGCGGCUGACGACGCCACGGUCGAACUUCUCAAGCGCUGGUUCGAAGCCAAUCUCGAAGAAAACCUAGAGAAGGCAGGAAGGUCACUCUCCGUGUGCUUGGCAGAGGUACAAUGUAUCCCUACUCACGAUACGCUGGUACAAGGUCUUGAGUAUAGCUUGGAGCGCAGGGUACGUCUGCAACAGCUGGCUAUCAACGGGGACGUCGGUCGCAUCUGGGAUCCUGCUUUGUGCGCUGCUUCAGCUGAGUUUCACGAGAGGCUGUAUAUCCUGCGGCUAACGGAGAUGUCGGAGGCGUUGGGGCUGAGCCACCAAGUCGAUGUUGCUACCCUGACCAAGACGUUCGUUCUUGAGGCGGUGAUCAAGACACUCUUUGAGCAGAACUUAGAGAAGUCGGCGCAGGAGAACGAGGAUCAGUGA